UUGAUAAAAUGACACAUAUGGUGGGUUCGUAUCCGCCAAAGGCAGAAAUCCAAAGUUACACGACGCCAUUCGAGGAGGCUCCAUCUGGUAUGAUGACACGUGGAACGUAUUCGGUCACAUCACUGUUCACGGAUGACGAUAAAAAUGAGCACCUCAAAUGGGACUGGAAAUUCGAAAUCAAAGAGGACUGGUAAAGAGUGGUGGUUCAACGCGCUUCACGGCUUUCGAUGAAAUGUGGAUUUUUCAAGCAUUUUAUUGCAGGACCUAUUCGGAAUAAAAACAACAAGAACAACAACAAAACAAGAAAAAAAAAAUCUAUCCAACUAGAAUUCCGCUACUUAAUAUUGAUAUAUAAAUAAUUAAUUAUUCUUAAGCCAUUUGAAUGAACAACAGCAAACAAUCGAACACAUACAAGCAACAAAAUGAAAACAACAAAAAAAAAACAAUAUCAUCAACACCAGAGACCAAGAAAUUAUCUUUAACAAGAAACAAAAAAGCAACAUGAGUAUUAAAUAUUAUUAUUGUAAAAUGUAUAUUGAAUGUGAACCAAAUCGAUGACGGCUUGCCAUUUUUGCCGGUUGAGCUCUAAAAAUGGGCAACGCGCGCGCGCUCGUCGGCAAUUCACUUUCUCCCAAUUGAGGAUUGUUCUUCCGAUAUGUCGAUAUAAAACAAAACAACAAAUUAUGAACCGUGAAUUUUUUUUCCGAGGAAUAUUCAACAAGAACAGACAAAAAAAAAAUUAUGGAAUAAAAAAAAUCAAUUAUGUUGUGUAAUAAUAUGCCUUUAAUAUCGCUUGAAACAAUCAAAUAUUGCUCUAAAAAAAUCAACCGAUUCAUUAUUCGUAAUUCAUUUUUGUGUCUUCUAAAUUAAAUGUUUCUUUGUUUUCUCUUUUUUUUUUGAUAAGUCAAAACCAAUUUACAAGUAGUGGGUAAAAACAUUUGAAAAUGAAAGAAAAAUACAAUGAUUAUUAUCAAUGGAAAUAUAUAUAUUUUUUGACUGUGCAUCCGAAUGGACACCAAAAUUAAACAAAUCACAUUGCAAUAGCUUAGCUAUAUACAUUCAUGCCACAUUGAAUGAGCAAAAAAGGACCUUUUGAAAUUAUCCAUUCACUCCACACCAUUUUUUCUAUCGUCUAAUGUUCGAUGUUCGAUCCAUUGCUCAUCCCGCAUUUUCGCUCUAUUGAAUAUUUUAUACAAACUUUUUUUUUCGAAAUCGCAAAUAAAACAUUUUCUCGAACUUUAAGCAAUUACAAUUUGAUAAAAUGCGCUGUUUGAUUUCCUUGUCAAUGUGUUUGCUGUGGGUUUAGCCUCCAGAAGAUUUGUUUUGGUAAAGAAAUUUGUGAUGUGAACGAAACGUUUUGGCAGCAGGUGAAGAAGAAAAAAUGAAUUGAAUCGCAAAAUUCCAAUGCAUGAUUUUAUGCGGGAACAGAAAAUAUCUGUGCAGAAAAUGUCAAUACCGCCAAACAGAAGAAAAAAAAUCUGGAUGUUGUUAAAAAAAAGAUGGAAAAAUGCCAAAUUUGAUUUAAAUAUCGGUAAGUAUGUUUCGAAUCGUAACUGCGUUUUUAUACUUAUGACAUAACCUCACUGUGUAACCCUGACAUUGUGCUGUAUCGGACCCUUGUGUCUGUCAAACUGCGAUCACAGUUUAGAGCGAGAGUGACAGUUGAAUGAAAGAGUUUGCAAUAACAACGAAUUUCCAUGAAAAAACAUUAAAUUUUCGAUUUAUUCGGAAGGAAAUUAGCUGAAAAGUUAAAGAAUUGGGAAAAUAAGUGAAAAAUAAACACAAAGACACAAAAUGGCCGAUUUGAGCGACAUUAAGCGCGUGAUUAUUUCGCUCAUGAAUCUCUAUCCAAACGGUAUUGCUGCCGAUAUAUUCAACAAAGCAUACGAAGGAAUGGAAUCACAAAAAAUUCCUUUUGCUGAAUUCGGUUACCAUUCAUUGCUCACCUUUUUGGAAGAAGAACUGUCGGAGAACAUUCGAAUUGAAUAUGGCGACAUGCAACAGAUUCUUUACCCCAUUGCCAAUGGAAAGUCGGAUCAUAUUCUGAAGUUGAAGAAAGAAGAAAACAACAACAAGAAACCGAGACCACGUGCGUACAAUGGCAACAACAACAGUGCACACGCUUCGCAACAGGCAACAACGUCACGGGCACAUCAAGCACCGACGACACGACGCCGCUCACCGGUGACACGAAACCGCUCACCGUCGAUGCCGCAUUUGGUACAAUACAAACCAUUCGCAAACACAAACAACGGUUUAUCAUCACAUUUCCAACAGAAAAGCAUCCAAGAACGGCUACAACAGAGUCAAGAACGUUAUCUGUUGCGACAGCAAGGUUUGAUGGGUGCACGCGGCACACGCGGUCCAGGUCGAAACCUGAAUACACACUCAAAACAAUCGAACGAUUCUUCACCAUCGAGCGGUAAAAGAUCAUCAAUAAAAUCGCAGCUUGAAAAAAUUAACAUCAAAAUUCAAGCAAAGAAAGAAGAAAUUCAAUCAAAGAAUCUGUCACCAAAUGGAUCACAACCAUUGGCACAGGCACAGACACAGCCACAACCGCAGCAGAAGUCUCCACCACAAGGUAACGCCGUAGCAUUGACAGCACCUGCAAUCACAAAAGAAACGACUGAAAAACUAACAUGGGAAUCAUCCAACGAGAACCUAUGGGAUGACGAAUUGGACAACCUCGAACCACCGACAGCCCCGGCAAAGAACAAAGCCAAUACCGACGAUAGCAGCUUUUAUUAUGGUGUUUCGGACACAGAAGAAGUUCCGGUUCCACCGUCGUCUGUGGAAUUAUUGCGUCAACGAAUGGCCGACCCUUUGUUUUCAGACGAAGAGGAAGAAACUGAACAGAACGAAAUCAAAGGAGUUCUGGGUGAUUUACAUAUCGGCGAUACAGUUCCAGUCCGACUUUCGGACGCCAACAGCCCGUUGAAGUUCUGGGUCCAUGUUCGUCAGGAGAAAUACAAGAAACAAAUCGACACAAUGUACAAAGACAUGCAAGAAUUCUACAGCCGUAACCGCCAUUCGGACGAUCUGAAAGUGACCGAACCAGAUGAAUCGAACCAACAAUAUUUUGCUGUCAACUACAUGGGCCAGUGGCAUCGUGUGGAACCGUUAGACACAAAAAUGGGAGAGUCAUUGCGGGUGUCAUUCAUCGACCAUGGCAGUCGCGAAAUAAUCAACAUCAGCCAAAUGCGCAAGCUGCCAAAGCAGUUCUGGAGCGUUCCAAAAGCUGCGUUGUGCUGUGCCUUGGGUAACAUUAAACCAAUGGGAAAAGAAUUCACCAAUGAAAGCGUUGAUGCAUUGAUCAAUUUGCUUGAUGGCGAAAAAUUGUGGGCAAGAAUCCUCCAGAUUGACAACAUCAAAUCAAAGGCCAUCGUGGAACUCACAUUGGACUCAACCAAGAUGUGUGUCAACGACGAAAUGGUUCGCUUGGGUCACGCCGUACUGAAGAAGAGCAGAUCCAAUGCAUAGUGCGUUCCAUGAAGUUUUUGUUGAGCAUAGAAUCAAAAACCGAAAGAAUAUCAAUAAGAUUAAGACGUUAUUUUGAAUUGGGAAUUGGAUCUCUUAAGAUAUAUACAAUAUAAUUGACAUGAAGUCUUUUUGAAAACAUGAAUUUGAAUGAAAAUGUGUAUUGAACCAAUACACUAGUUAUCAAUUAAUGAUAUUGAAGAAUGAAAUCAAAUGAAAUUAUCAUUAUUUGGCCUAUGAAAUGGCACUUUACACUGAAUGUGUAUACAAUGAACAGAUAUUCAGACAAUUGACACUUGACAUCUUCCUAAAUUAGCUACAACAUCUGUAGGGUUGACAUUUGCUGAAUAGAAAAAAAUAAAUAAAAUGAAAUCAUAUUAGGAAUGGAAAUGUCAAGACAACUGAAUUUUGUCCGUAUGAAAAAUAGAAUUUUUUUGAAAUCACUUAGCGCAAAUCAUUAACUUUUCAAAUAGCUAGUUUGUAGCUACAUAUCUGUAUAUAAAGUAAUAUGGAUUCAAUUCGAAACGAUGGAUUUUGUAGAAGGACAUGAGGAAAAAUUGAAAAAUAAAACUGGGAAAAAAUUUAAUACAGA